AUGAGGUUUGCCGAAUGCAUCACCAACCUUGAACUUGACCCGAAAGCAUCCUUGACCAUGUAGGAAAUCUACAAUACAAAGUACGUUUUACAAUUCUUGUGGGGGUUUUUUAAUGGAUUUUCAGUGAUUGUUUAAGAUAGAUAGUGCUGAGUAUUGCCACUGCAGUCAUGAUGCGAUACAUGUAGGCCCUUAGUAUCGCGAUUCAGGUGCUACGAUACGAUUCGUACCAGGUCAAUAUUUACCAAAACAAGAGAAAAAUGUACGAAUGAGUAGGACUGAAAUUGAUUUUUAUUGUUAUUAUUAGGCCUAGUGAUUAGUCCUGCUGAUCUCAGAAAAAUAAAACUGUUUUAUAUCACAAUAGGCCUAUUGAUAAGGUCCAAAAUAAUUUAAGAGUUUUAGUCAUUAGUGUACCUAUGAUGGAUAAUGUGUGAUGUUGAUAAUUACGGUGACAGCUAGGUUACUUACUGAAGCCACAAAAAAAAAAAAAAAACAUAAAAAAAGAAUCGUGAUGCAUCGAUUCAGUGAUCGUGAUUCAAUAUGUGAAUUGUGAGAAGGUGAAUCACGAUAAUUCAACGAUAUAUCGUGCCAGCACUAUAGAGAAUAAGAAAAUGUCAGGUUAUUAUUUGCGUAAAACUAACCUCAUAGAAGGGGUAGGUAAUGAAAUUCUGUAUGGUUUUGCAGCGUUUUUGGGGAUACUCAUACCUCUGAUUUACUUUGUAUGGAAGAUACAAAAUGAAGAGCGUUCAAACAAUAUUCACCCCGACAGUGCCAUUAAUGUGGCAGCAACCAGAGAACAUUUGAGUGCCAGAACACCAUCAAGAGCCAGAAGAGAUCAUAAUAAUCAGUUUACAUGUCCAAUAUGUCUGGGGGAUGCUGUAUUUGCUUCAGAAACUAAUUGUGGACAUGUUUUUUGCAGUAGCUGUUUCGUAGCAUAUUGGGAACAUGGACAUUGGUUAGGGGGAGUAAAAUGCCCGGUGUGUAGGCAAGCUGUUACAAUUAUGCUUUUCAAUUUUACAGAAGAAGAAGUUCAGACUCCUUCGGCCGAAAGAACUUUAAUUCAGGGUGCAAUAAAUCAUUAUAAUGCCAGAUUUUCUGGUGAACCUCGUCCGUUUUUAGAUUAUGUGCGAGAUUUACCUACACUUCUGCGUCAUGCCUUCUCUGAAUUUUUUACUGUGGGUGGAUUGUUGUGGAUGUUUAGAUUACGAGUUGUAAUGUGUUGUAUUGCUGCCUUAUUAUAUUUUAUCUCACCGUUUGAUAUCAUACCAGAAUCAAUGUUCGGACUUCUUGGUUUUCUAGAUGAUAUUUUUAUCAUACUGUUAUUAGCUAUUUAUGUUAGUCUUAUUUAUAGAAGAGUUGUUGAAAAUAGAGGCAGACCAACUGCCGAUAAUGGUACAGCCUUAUAGAAUUCUUUUUGUAAGCUUAAGGCUUUUAUUAUUAUUAUAAACACAAUGUAUUAAAUUACUCUGCCAGUAAUGUUUAAUUGUAAUGUAAGAAUGUCUAGUAAUAUACUGCAAUGCAAUGAAAACACCCCAAUGAUUUGACUGGAAGUGUUGGCGGGACUUAAUGCAGUUUUUGUGUGACAACAAACAUCAGGGGCCAUAACAACAUUGCUUUACCGUUUACACUAGGUACAGUGAGAAGUGGGCACAAGGGGUAAAAAUCCAAAGUUAGUGAUGGCGUCUAGUCAGAAUUGGUCCAAUGUAAGGCAGUCUGGCACGCAGUCCAGCAGAGUAUAGUCAGAAUCAAUUUCAAAAAGAUACAUGGAGAGUAUUGUGCUCAAGGAGAGUGUAGUCGGCAGCAAAUAGUGCCAGCACUGAUGACCCCAUAGCAGUAUGGGAAGCUGGCAAAAUGCAAUCCUGCAGAUGUUGACAGAUAAUAUGCUAGUCUUGUUAAGGUGAAUGUUAUGCAUGGCUGUCCAGCCUUUUUGCCAAUCUCUAUUCUGCUGGAAACAAUCAGCCAGGCACUGGAUGGUAGUGUGAUGGCAUCCAAAACUUCAGCUGAUGGCUCUGAUGCUCACACCGUCUUGAAUUAAUGUUGCACUUUCAGAAUUCAGAUGUCAACCUUAGCAUAUCAUUGCGUAUUCCACAGAUACAGAACUAUAAAAGUUGUACUGGCCCUUUCUUUUUGAAACACAUUUUAAAUUUUUAUAACCCCUGUCUGCACCAGAUCAUGAUUUUCAACAUUUCCAGUCUGCCGAAUUAGAGAAUUGAUCUGGGGUGUGUUCACACAAACACGAAAUUGUUAUUGUCAUUUGUUGUGAUCUGAUGUUGUUACAGUGUGUCUCUCAAACGAGAUGUGCUGCAUUUUCAUUGCGUCUCGGUAAAUUAUUAAUCUUUUUUUUAAAUACAACAGCUGAAACAAAUGUCAGAACACACAGUGCCUUUCAUUUAAAUUAUUUGGUACUGUGUACACUAGUAGUGUAUGGUAAUUAUUUCCAUAUUAAACAAACAUUAGUAUGUGUGGGGGUGGGGGUGGGAGGGUGUUUUUCGCUAGUAGGUAAGACACACUUUGGCAGGCAAUGAAACAUGCCCACCAGCUGCUAAAUUGUCUGAGGAGUUACAAGCUAAACAACUGACAAAAAUUUCAGGAAAAUUGUAUCAUAAUUGCAACAUUUAAAGGAGCUAAAUCUCUAUUCUUUGGCACCUAGAAAUGGACACAAAUGGCUUGCAAUGCAUAUAAUAAUGUAAUAUGAAUGUAUAUAAACUGAUUUACAUUCAA